CAUCACACCUAUAAAUUCCAGUAAUACUAUCCCAAUCCCACUAUAACUUCGAUCAAUCCCCCAUAAGCUAAAAUAUCAAUACAAAAAGAAAUAAAGAGAGGAGUAAUAAUAUAAUUAAGUAACACAUCAUCGACCCCCACCCAAAAACCUAUAUAUCACUGAUCAUUUAGGAGGCUUAGUUAUUUAUUGUUGAUAUAUAUACCAUUAUUAUUAUUAUUAUUAUUAUUAUUAAUUAGUACGAGUUGCUGAUCGGGUACUACUAUAUAUAUUUAUUAUUACCAUCAGAUCAUCAUAUGGAUGUUGGUGAUUAAGAGUCGUCGUCGGCCGGUUUAAUUAGACCAUAAAUAUCCAUCUUUGGUUUAUUAAUAUUAGUAUGUAUAGGAUACGACGCACUAUACUAUAAGAGAUAUAUAGAUCAUAUCAGACGUAGUAUAUAUAGUUACGUAUACGCCAGUUUAGCAGCUAGAGAGCGACGACGUAUAUAUAUAGCAGGCAAGGCAAGGCAGGUCGAAUGGCGGCGGCGGACCGGAUUACGUUGGAAGAUAUCAAAAACGAGAAUGUCGAUCUUGAACGUAUACCAGUGGAGGAGGUAUAUCAGCAUCUGCGUUGUACCAAAGACGGGUUAUCAACAGAGGAAGCUGAACAUAGGCUUCAAGUCUUUGGGCCAAACAAGCUUGAAGAGAAAGAGGCAUGCAACUAUAUAUGAUCUAUACACACACAUAACAUAGUUCCCUUUGUUUUUUUUCUUCUCAUUGUCUAGUUUAAUGUGGUGCUAAGUUUCGAUCGACAUUAUUACCAAUGAAAAACAGGAAAGCAAGCUGCUGAAGUUCUUGGGGUUCAUGUGGAACCCACUGUCGUGGGUGAUGGAAAUGGCUGCUCUCAUUGCGAUUGGCCUGGCAAAUGGAGGGGUAUACUACUUGUUUAGUACUAUACUUAGUACUCAAAUGAGAACUUGAAUAAUUUGUUGAUAUGGGCUCUUUAGAAUUGCUCAUUAAGUAUGAUGAAUGGGUUGAAUAUUUUCAGGGGAAGCCACCAGAUUGGCAAGACUUCAUAGGAAUAGUGGUUUUACUGAUCAUCAACUCCACUGUCAGCUUCAUUGAAGAAAACAAUGCUGGCAAUGCUGCUGCUGCUCUCAUGGCUGGUCUUGCCCCCAAAACCAAGGUAUAUAUCUAACUCAUCAUCACAUUCAUAAAAAAAAUCAUCAAAAAUAACUAAUUCCCUAGCUAUUGGAUAAAAUGUGGAACAAGUAUUUAACUUUGGAGAAAAUAUAUUGCCCAUUGUCAAGUGACAAUGACCAACUACUGGUGCAGUUACCAACAUGCAAAUUUAAGGAAAGAAAUAUUUUUCGUUUCUCUUAUACAGGGGAGCUCAGUGAUGCUUGUGUGCCACCAAUUUCUACAAUACAUCUAUAUAACAAAUUUUCUCUGCACAGAAAAGAUCUCUGUUCAUCAUAAGAUUUUGUUUGUAGUAUUUGUCUGGAUUUUUGUGCCUGAGCAUAGGCAAUUACACUACAAAUAAAAUUGGAGACAAAAGCUUAUCUUGUUUACCAUUUUCAUGGAUUUCUGAUGAUGGGGUUUUUUUUGGCAUGAGUGAAGGUACUGAGAGAUGGGAAGUGGUGUGAACAAGAUGCAGCCAUUCUGGUUCCAGGAGACGUGAUAAGCAUCAAGUUGGGAGAUAUUGUGCCGGCGGAUGCCCGUCUUCUCGAAGGGGACCCUCUCAAGAUUGACCAAUCCGCGCUCACCGGUGAAUCCCUGCCCGUCACCAGAAACCCAGGAGAUGAGGUCUUUUCCGGUUCCACCUGUAAACAGGGCGAGAUCGAGGCGGUGGUUAUUGCCACCGGCCUCCACACCUUCUUCGGCAAAGCCGCUCAUCUCGUCGACAGUACCAACCAAGUUGGUCACUUCCAGAAGGUCCUGACCUCCAUUGGCAACUUCUGCAUCUGCACCAUCGCUUUGGGGAUCGUCGUCGAGAUCGUGGUGAUGUUCCCCAUCCAGCACCGGAGAUACAGGGACGGAAUCGACAAUCUGCUGGUUCUACUCAUCGGAGGUAUCCCGAUAGCCAUGCCGACCGUCCUGUCAGUGACCAUGGCAAUUGGGUCCCACCGCCUCUCCCAGCAAGGCGCCAUCACCAAGCGGAUGACCGCAAUCGAGGAAAUGGCGGGAAUGGAUGUUCUCUGCAGUGACAAAACCGGAACCCUGACCCUCAACAAACUCACGGUUGAUAAAAAUCUGGUGGAGGUUUUUGCUAAGGAUAUGGACAAAGAAACCUUAGUGCUUCAGGCGGCCAGGGCUUCGAGGGUGGAGAAUCAGGACGCCAUUGAUGCUUGCAUCGUUGGCAUGCUAGCUGAUCCUAAGGAGGCUAGGGCUGGGAUUGAGGAGGUUCAUUUCCUUCCUUUUAAUCCCGUGGAGAAGCGCACAGCGAUCACUUUCAUAGACUCCAAAGGGAAUUGGCAUAGGGUCAGUAAAGGUGCACCAGAGCAGAUUGUGGAACUUUGUGAGCUGAAAGGUGAUGUAAAGAACAAAGCUCAUAGCAUUAUUGACAAGUUUGCUGAACGUGGUCUUCGCUCUCUUGCUGUCUGUCAACAGACGGUACCAGAAAAGACCAAGGAAGGAAAGGGAGGACCCUGGAUCUUUGUUGGUCUAUUACCUCUAUUUGAUCCACCAAGACACGACAGCGGGGAGACAAUCAAGCGCGCCCUAGACCUCGGUGUGAACGUUAAGAUGAUUACUGGUGAUCAGCUAGCUAUUGCUAAGGAGACUGGUCGACGACUAGGCAUGGGGACCAACAUGUACCCUUCUUCCUCUCUUCUUGGGCAACACAAGGACGCCAGCAUAGCCACCCUCCCUGUUGAAGAGCUCAUUGAGAAAGCUGAUGGCUUUGCUGGAGUUUUUCCAGAGCACAAGUAUGAGAUUGUGAAAAAGCUACAAGAGAGAAAGCAUAUAUGUGGGAUGACAGGAGAUGGUGUAAACGAUGCUCCAGCUUUGAAGAAAGCAGAUAUAGGCAUUGCAGUGGCAGAUGCAACAGAUGCUGCACGGAGUGCCUCUGACAUUGUCCUCACAGAGCCUGGCCUAAGUGUCAUUAUUAGCGCAGUCUUAACCAGUAGGGCAAUUUUCCAGAGGAUGAAAAAUUACACGAUUUAUGCAGUUUCCAUAACUGUCCGUAUCGUCCUUGGUUUCAUGCUCAUUGCCCUCAUCUGGGAAUUUGACUUUUCUCCCUUUAUGGUCCUCAUCAUUGCCAUUCUCAAUGAUGGAACCAUCAUGACGAUCUCAAAAGACAAAGUGAAGCCGUCCCCAAUGCCUGACUCCUGGAAACUCAGAGAGAUUUUCACCACUGGUAUCGUUCUUGGCACAUACUUGGCAGUCAUGACAGUAAUCUUCUUCUGGGCUGCUCACCAGUCAGAUUUCUUCACAGACAACUUUCAUGUGAGAUCAAUCAGGGAUAGUUACCCUGAGCUUAAUUCAGCUCUAUAUCUUCAAGUGAGCAUUGUGAGCCAAGCACUUAUCUUUGUCACUCGGUCAAGAAGUUGGUCUUAUGUAGAACGCCCCGGUCUAUUGCUAGUGGCUGCUUUUCUAGUAGCACAGCUGAUUGCUACUUUGAUUGCCGUAUAUGCAAACUGGGGAUUUGCUAAUAUCCAUGGCAUUGGCUGGGGGUGGGCUGGUGUGAUCUGGAUCUACAGCAUUAUUUUCUACAUCCCGCUAGAUAUCUUGAAGUUCAUCAUUAGAUAUGGACAGACAGGCAAGGCUUGGGACAAUUUGCUCAACAGAAAGACUGCUUUCACAAAUAAGAAGGAUUACGGGAGAGGAGAAAGGGAAGCGCAGUGGGCCAUGGACCAGCGCACAUUGCAUGGACUUCAGUCAUCAGAUGCUUCUCAGAUUUACAGUGACAAAAACCAUACAGAACUGUCUGAGAUUGCAGAACAGGCCAAAAGACGUGCUGAAGUUGCAAGGUUGAGGGAGCUUCAUACAUUGAAGGGGCAUGUUGAAUCGGUGGUGAAGCUCAAGGGUCUUGACAUUGAAACAAUCCAGCAACACUACACUGUUUGAGGAUGGAUGUAGAUUUGAGGAUAUCAACAAGUGGGAAGCCCAUUUUUUCCAUCCACUAUUUUUUGACACAUUCUUUAUCCACAGCUGAUAAUGACGAAGGGGGUUGACAAUAAAAUCCAACAGAGAAUGUUGGGACUGGGUUUUUUCUAAAGCAUUUAGAGAGUAGGUUGUAGAAGAUUCAUUAAAAAACUCAUGUCUAAGAUUCUGUCAAACAAUUAUCUUUUCUUCCCUGCUAAUAAAUGGAUUCAUUUGAUCAAAUGUCCCUGCAAUAUUGGUAUUCUUUAGUAAAUGUAAAUGUACUAAAGUUAAAUAUCCAGUGUAAAUGUAA